AUGGAAGUGCCUGACUGGCUGAUGCAUGCGCUUGGAGCGGACCCGAAGUCAGGUGGCGAUGUGAAUAACAGCGUCCUGGACUUCAGCUUGGAUUUGCACAUCCUUGCGGGUGCUAUCUUUGGAUCUGCUCUCUUCUAUGUGGGCCUUUUCUCAUGA